UCAGACCGACCGACAGUAAGAACAGCAGCAACGGCUUCUCAUUGUUGCUUGGAGCGAUUGUGGCAUAUGCACGCGCAGCGCAUAUUAAGAUUGAACGCAUCCAACAGACGUUAGUUAGUGAGAUCGACCGAUCACACAUUUCAUCAUAUAUCAACUUCCCAUCUUUCAUCGUUUUCAGCUUCAGCUUCAGCUUUAAGUAUAAUUGAGUGCGCAGAUAGAACUGAAGUGUGGCCCGUUGUGUUACUCGUGAACUUUAAUAAAGUAGUGCACAAAAUUCAUAAAAAAAAAAUAACAACAAAACAUUGCUUUUUAUUCUUAUUCAAUAAACAACCAAUAAUGAACUAAAUUAAAAUGAAAUUUAAAAACUUACAUUAAUAAUCGUUCAAUCGCUUUUCGUAUUUUCGUCGCUGUUAAAUAAAAUAAAUGAAAAAUUGGUGCAAAAAUCAAAUUCGAAUUCAAAUUCAAAUUAAAUUCAGAUUUAAUUGUGAGGUCAACUGAGAGUUAAAUUCCAUAAGUGAAUGAACAUACUCGACGCAUAUAACACAAAACACAAUUCAAGCACACACGGAACACACACAACAAAAUCAUUCUGACAGUCGCAUAACACCACAGUAACAACAACAACAGUGCCUAACAUAAGCUCACAGCAUCGUCGUUUCCAGCUUCAAUUGCUGUUACUGCACAACGGUUUUGUAGGGCCGUUAAAUUCAAGUGUUUUCAAGAAAACGUAAAAAAGAAAAUAAUUAUAAUAAAAAUAAAAAUAAUAAUAAUAAAUAGUAAUAACAGAAAUAAAAAUAUAAGAAAAAAAUUAAUCUUUCUAAUAAAAAAAUUUUCUUUACACUUUUUAUUGUGUUGCGCGCUAGCCACAAAACCGAAAAUUAAGUAAAAAUACAAUUAAACAUAAGUACAAGCAGAGGCAGAGCUGGAGGCAGAGAGGUAGAAGCAGAAGCACAGGAACGUAGCAACAUAUCUGAACAUAUCUCCAACAUAUAUCAGCACUACAGCAUACAAGCAUAUAAGCGAACGGGCAAACGGACAAACGGACAAACGUAAAAUUGUACAAAUUUACAAAUUUACUUACAUAUAUGUAACUACCUAUGCGACGGCAAAAACUUUCUUCGUGACUCUGUGCGCCACAAUAUCUUCAAUUGUUAACGAGCGAAAGCGUACACGGAAAGUGCAGUGAAAAUGUUCCAAGCAAUUAAAUGCUUCAUUUUACAAACGUUUUACGUGAAGCAGUUGUUCUUCAGCUCGGUCUGUCUAGUGGCAUUUUUGCAGCUGGCUUCAAAUCAAAUCGCAUGUACUCAAGGUGCCGUAACUGAUUCACCCAUAAAAAUAAUAAAAUUGCCUGUACAGCCAGCAGUGAUACGCUACAGUCGAACGGAUCCACAGAUCAAGACGUUUCAGCAAAGCGAUUAUACACAACCAUCAGCUGCUUCACUCCAAGCUAAAAAUUUAGCUGCUCUACUUUACAAUGAUAAUUUAAACUCCGCUCACGAUGAAGAUCCCAGACAACAACGUGCCAUUUCUAACACUUGUCCGCGUUCCUGUCCACCAAGCGUUACCGUGGGUGCUGAACCAGUUUGCGGGUCAGAUGGUUUAAUUUAUGCGAAUCUUUGCGAAAUGAGAAAGAAAACUUGUUCUAGAAAUGGUGCGAGUCCUAUAAAGCCCAUUACUGAUGGUUGUGAACGUGCUAAAGGUUCCGAUUGUAAACAUCGUUGUCUCUCAGAAAAGGAUCCAGUUUGUGGUACCGAUGGCAGAACUUAUUUAAAUAGAUGUAUGUUAAGAGUUCAAUCUUGUCGAGUGGGCAUAGCUGCAGUAACAAUCUCACACGUUGGUCCUUGUAGCAAUACAAGCGCUAUACGUGAGUCUUGCCCCGUUGAUUGCAACAGCGCACCAAAAGAUGGACCUAUAUGUGCCUCAGAUGGAAAUGUAUACAACUCUACAUGCGAAAUGAAGCUACUGACAUGUGGACAGGGUGUAGUGAAGACAAGUCGCAAACAUUGUCAAUCAACUAGAAUGUGCAGAGAAUCUUGUUGGCGUGUGGCUAGACCAACGUGUGGUUCAGACGGACGCUUGUAUGCCAGCCCAUGUAAAAUGCGCUCUUCCAAUUGUGGUAAACAUGUAUUCGAAGUACCACUUUCAUUUUGUAUGCCCCAAGAACGUAACGGGAAUCAAAUUGAAAAUUGUCCAACAGAAUGUCCGAAAUCUGGCGACUCAGCAUCUCAAUAUGUUUGUGGUAACGAUGGUAAUAUAUAUUCAUCUUUAUGCGAGUUGAAGAUGCUGAAUUGUGGACCUCAACGCAAGUCAAUACAGAAGACAAGUAUGGAUAAAUGCAAAACCAAGUUGAGCCGCUGCAAACAACUGCCACCUUGCAAAGAUUUCAAUAACAUGUUUGGUUCUAUAUUUUCAUCGAAUCGUGAAGACAAAUUAUGUGGCACAGAUGCGAAAACCUAUAACAAUGAAUGCGAACUUGCUCAUGCUACAUGCCUACGAGGUGUCAACUUAGCGCAUAUUGGACCAUGCACAGAUCUUAAAACCCCAACGAAAAACUGCAGUUGCACGAAGGACGACUUUAAAAGUGGACCCGUUUGCGGUUCAGAUGGAAACACGUUCCCAUCAAUGUGCGAAUUUAAACGUCGCAGUUGCCGUUCACGCGUUGUUCCAGUCUCUCUGAAAAAUUGUCCUUUAACAGCAGAAUGUGAGUCAAAUUGUGAUGCUCAGCCACCGAACUUUGUUUGUGGUUCAGAUAAUAAAUUCUAUAAAUCUGAAUGCCAUAUGCGGAAGGAAAAUUGCGGAAAACAUAUUUUCGUAGUGCCACUACAGCGCUGCACUAGCGCUUUACAAUUUAAGGGCUGUGCUAGAAUAUGUCCACGAGAAUUUGAGCCAGUCUGUGGCACGGACAGUAUGACAUAUCUAAAUGAAUGCUUCCUCGACAUUGAAAAUUGUCGAACUAACAGCACAGUGCAGAUAGAAUAUUACGGCGCUUGUGGACGACCGGAACCACCAUCAACGAACUACUUAUACUAAAAAUAUUUUAGCGAUACAUCAAUUAUUACGAAUUACAAAUAUGAUUGCAUUUAUACGAAUGAUUCUUUUAGAUUUAAGUGGAACAUAUUUAUACACACAUAACUUUAGUUAUUAUUGAUUUAUAGUUGUUACAAACUAUUUUUUAUACUUUCUUUUUAUUGAUAUUUAAUAAAAUUAUUUAUUCGUGCUUUUU